AUGACAUCGCGUGAAGACUUAGUAUUUCUUGCCAAAUUAGCCGAGCAAAGUGAGCGCUAUGAAGAAAUGGCGGACUUCAUGAAGCAGAUUACUUUGCAACUCCAGCAGACAAAGGUCGAGCCAUCUGUCGAAGAACGUAACUUGAUCAGUGUAGCUUAUAAGAACGUCGUUGGAUCCCGCAGAGCGUCUUGGAGAAUCAUUUCUUCUUUGGAACAAAAGGAACAAGCAAAAGGCAAUACACAACGAGUUGAAGUGAUCAAGGGCUACCGCAUUAAAAUCGAGAAGGAGUUGUCAGAGAAGUGUGACGAUGUCUUGAACGUCAUCAUCACCAAUUUGUUACCAAACUGCACUUCCACUGAAUCCAAAGUCUUCUUCAAGAAGAUGGAAGGUGAUUACUAUAGAUAUUAUUCCGAAUUCACCACCAGUGAGAAGAGAACUGAAGUCUCAAACAAGUCUCUUGCGGCUUAUACUGAAUCUAUGGACAUUGCUAAGGUUGAGUUGCCAUCGACCAACCCUAUCAGACUUGGUCUUGUUCUGAAUUUCUCUGUUUUCUAUUAUGAAAUCAUGAACGACCCAGAGAAGGCUUGCCAAUUAGCUAAAGAAGCUUUUGAUGAAGCUAUCAAAAAGCUCGACGAAGUCCCCGAAGAAACUUAUAAGGACUCCACCCUCAUCAUGCAACUCCUCAGAGAUAACAUGACCUUGUGGACUUCUGAUAUGGAAAAUGAUGAGUAA